AGCCCCAGGGUUGCCAAGGGAGGGCCCAGACCGAAGAAGGUUUGGUGGAUAGCAGAACCUUUUUGUCUCCCUCUAAUUGCUCCUAAGCCUCACACUCCCUUGCCCCGCGUGUCCUGUUGCUUCCCUGAUCUUCUCCGUGACCUGUAGCUAAACCUUCCACCAGCGCUUGAGAACUUAAUUUGACCCGGAUCCUUUCCCAGACCCCUUUCUUCUCCUCCUCCUCCUCCACCUCCUCCAGGUGCCCAACAGCCCCCUUCUCCUUUCCCUUCCCUUACUUCCCCCCUUCCCCUCCCCUUCCCCUCCCCCUCCCCUCCCCCUCCCCAACUCAGAUCCGGCCCCGGUCCCCGUCCCCUUCCUUCCCCCGUGCCCUGAGCCACCUCCACCUCUGUCCUGGCCGCCUCAGGGCGCCCUGAAAGGACCAGGACAUGCGUCUGCGGUGGUGGCUCCUCUUUUGGCUCCUGCUGGGAUUUAUCAGCCAUCAUCCCACCCCUGUUAUCAAUACUCUGGCUGUCUAUCGUCAUCGUGAGACUGACUUUUGUGGAGGAGUUCGAGACCACCCUGGCCAACAUGGCAAAACCCCAUCUCCACAAAAAUUGGAUAAUUUGAUAAUUAUCAUUAUUGAGUUUCUGAGACCUUACACAUUUACCAUUCUCUUCUGCACAAAUUACCUUUGUUUGUCUUUCCUGAAGACUAUCUUCCAGUCUGAAAAUGGACAUGAUGGAUCCACGGAUGUACAGCAGAGAGCCUGGAGGUCCAACCGACGUAGACAGGAAGGAAAUAAAAUUGGCCUGAAAGACGUCAUUACUCUACGGAGACAUGUGAAAAGAAAAUUUAGAGCUAAAAUCCGUAAGAGGAAGGUGACAACGAAAAUCAACCAUCAUGACAAAAUCAAUGGAAAGAGGAAGACCGCCAGAAAACAGAAAAUGUUUCAACGUGCACAAGAGUUGCGGCGGCGGGCAGAGGACUACCACAAAUGCAAAAUCCCCCCUCCUGCAAGAAAGCCUCUUUGCAACCGGGUCAGAAUGGCGGCAGCGGAGCAUCGUCAUUCUUCAGGAUUGCCCUACUGGCCCUACCUCACAGCUGAAACUUUAAAAAACAGGAUGGGCCGCCAGCCACCUCCUCCAACUCAACAACGUUCUAUAACGGAUAACUCCCUGAGCCUCAAGACACCUCCCGAAUGUCUCCAUCGUCCCCUUCCACCCUCAGUGGAUGAUAAUAUCAAGGAGUGUCCUCUUGCUCCUCUUCCACACUCUCCUCUUCCACCCUCAGUGGAUGAUAAUCUGAAGGAGUGUCUCCUUAUCCCUCUUCCACCCUCUCCUCUUCCACCCUCAGUGGAUGAUAAUCUGAAGGAGUGUCUCCUUGCUCCUCUUCCACCCUCUCCUCUUCCACCCUCAGUGGAUGAUAAUCUGAAGGAGUGUCUCCUUGCUCCUCUUCCACCCUCUCCUCUUCCACCCUCAGUGGAUGAUAAUCUGAAGGAGUGUCUCCUUGCUCCUCUUCCACCCUCAGUGGAUGAUAAUCUGAAGGAGUGUCUCCUUGCUCCUCUUCCACCCUCAGUGGAUGAUAAUCUGAAGGAGUGUCUCCUUGCUCCUCUUCCACCCUCUCCUCUUCCACCCUCAGUGGAUGAUAAUCUGAAGGAGUGUCUCCUUGCUCCUCUUCCACCCUCAGUGGAUGAUAAUCUGAAGGAGUGUCUCCUUGCUCCUCUUCCACCCUCAGUGGAUGAUAAUCUGAAGGAGUGUCUCCUUGCUCCUCUUCCACCCUCUCCUCUUCCACCCUCAGUGGAUGAUAAUCUGAAGGAGUGUCUCCUUGCUCCUCUUCCACCCUCAGUGGAUGAUAAUCUGAAGGAAUGUCUCCUUGCUCCUCUUCCACCCUCUCCUCUUCCACCCUCAGUGGAUGAUAAUCUGGAGGAGUGUCUCCUUGCUCCUCUUCCACCCUCAGUGGAUGAUAAUCUGAAGGAGUGUCUCCUUGCUCCUCUUCCACCCUCUCCUCUUCCACCCUCAGUGGAUGAUAAUCUGAAGACUCCUCCCUUAGCUACUCAGGAGGCUGAGGCGGAAAAACCACCGAAACCCAAGAGGUGGAGGGUGGAUGAGGUGGAACAAUCACCAAAACCCAAGAGGCGGAGGGCGGAUGAGGUGGAACAAUCGCCCAAGCUCAAGAGGCAGAGGGAGGCCGAGACACAAUUACCCAAACCCAAGAGGCGGAGGGCGGAUGAGGUGGAACAAUCGCCCAAGCUCAAGAGGCAGAGGGAGGCCGAGACACAAUUACCCAAACCCAAGAGGCGGAGGUUGAGUAAGCUGAGAACACGCCAUUGCACUCAAGCCUGGGCAAUAAGAAUAAAUCCGUGGGUCGAAAAAAAGAAAAAAAUCAAAAAAUAAAACAAAACCCACACUCCAAAAACAAACUAACAAAGAAUAAAUAAAUAAUAUAAAAAUAAAAUAAA